AUGUCAAAUAAUGAUCUGAAUGUUUCCGUGACGUACGCCUGGGGUAUAUCCUGGUUCGGGGGGUUUGCAACGCAUUGUGCGUCUCCUGGAAAUGGGCUGAAAGUUGAGAUCAUCUCUAUCCUCAAUGAGUCACUUGAGGCUAAGAGGAAAGACCGUGUAAAGGAUCUGGAUUCUGGAUAUCUAUCUCUCGAGCGAAUAGGCUGCGUUUCCGUUCCCCUUAUACUAUGUAGAGUUGCACCUGGAAGCAAAAGACGGUUUUCCUGGAUCCUGAAACUUGAGAUAUCCUCGUUAAUUGGAGGAUUCCUAUGGACUUUAGAGGCUGAAAAUAUCAAAGCUGAGAUGCUAACACGGCCAUCCACAUUGUUAACUACUGUACAGUCCAAAGGCUUGGUCACCAGUGAUAAAACCAUCGCUUAA